CGCCAUUUUUUCCGUCACACUGUCGGAGGCUCCGAGCGCAAAAAUGUUGGCUCGUCUGGCAUCCAAGCGUCUGCUCGAGAUCCGUGAAGCUAUCCGUCAAUUUCCUCAGACAACUCGAUCCUUAUCCACUGCCCUAAACUAUCACCUCGAUUCGCCGGAUAAUAACCCCGACCUUCCAUGGGAAUUCAGCGAAGCUAACAGACCAAAGGUGAAGGAGAUAUUGUCUCACUAUCCAUCCAACUACAAGCAAUCUGCAGUGAUUCCACUGCUGGAUCUUGCACAACAGCAGCAUGGGGGGUGGCUUCCUGUUUCAGCAAUGAAUGCGGUGGCUAAAGAGAUAGAAGUUGCUCCUAUUCGUGUUUAUGAGGUUGCUACAUUUUAUUCAAUGUUUAACAGAGCUAAGGUUGGCAAGUACCAUCUUUUAGUCUGUGGAACAACUCCUUGUAUGAUUCGUGGGUCGCGAGAUAUUGAAAAUGCGUUAUUGAAGCACUUGGGAGUAAAACGGAAUGAGGUAACAAAAGAUGGCUUAUUCUCUGUCGGAGAAAUGGAAUGCAUGGGUUGUUGCGUAAAUGCUCCUAUGAUUACUGUGGCAGAUUAUUCAAACAGAUCCGAAGGAUAUACAUACAACUAUUAUGAAGAUGUGACCCCAAAGAGAGUUGUAGAGAUAGUCGAGGCUCUAAGACGAGGAGAGAAGCCACCGCGUGGCACACAAAACCCGCAGCGGAUCAAUUGUGGACCCGAAGGUGGGAACACUACGUUGUUGGGUGAGCCCAAACCGCCUCCGUGCCGUGAUCUAGAUGCCUGCUAAGGUUCACCGGGAAUACCAUCUAAUAAUGUUGUUGUCUACGGGGUCGAGCCUUUGAUCGUUGUAACGCAUAAACAUAGCUCCCAUCUUUCGGACACGUUCUUCUAAAUAUGGAAUGAUUUUAGAUUUGUAACUUUGUGUGAGAUUAAUUCUUUAAAUUAAACCAAACAAACUCAUUAAAUUUCAUACAUUUUCUUGAAUC